AUGGCGGCGCAGGCUUCCGAAGAGAGAAAUGAUUGCACCUCGGCUUCGGCGGAGGGAGAAGAGAAAUGGACGCACGUGGUCCGAAUCGACGAGGAGCUGAAGCGGGUCGCGGAGAAGAUGGCGCCGAAGCCGGGAGCGGGAAGAAGGGCCAUGCCGACGAUCCUGCGAGCAUCUCACGCGUUUCGGGAGCACGGACAGUUCGGCUACGAGUUCAGGUACGAUCCCGUGUACAUGCGCCUGGGGCUCUACAGCAGGGGCGCAUUGCUUGCGCCCACCGCAGCCGAGACUCGCCGAAUGGAGGCCGCCAUCGCCUUCUUGAAGAAACUGAACGCGCGCAGAGCCGAGCUCAAACUGAGGCCGAUCAGCUGGCACGAGAUGUGCGCCAGAGUCGUCCCGAGUCCUGCCCGAGUGCGUUGGCUGUGGAGUGACGCCCCGUCCGACAUGACGGACGACGACGUGCGCCACUUGCUGGCGAUCGACGCCGUGUUCAUGCUCUGCUAUUACCAGACUAUGGGGGACAAGUUCCCGCAGGUCCAGGAAGUGGAUAGGUGGGAGGAUGUCUGGAGAGAGCCAGAAAUCGUGCGCGACUUUCUGCUGAUGGAGAACCAGAUUCCUCUAGUGCUGAUACAGAACGCGCUCGCUCUGGCCCUGGAGGGCGAGCACAGAGAGCAUGCGGAGCGCGAUCGGGUCAUAAACCCCAGCCCUGAAGACGAUGAGAGGGUGGAUCUCGUGUGUGCAAAAGAUUUCCAUCCGGAGGUGCAUGAGCUUCUGUCAUCGGUAUUAGAAGAUGUACUGAAGAUUACUGGGCUGCCGAGGUUCUAUGACGACUUCGUGCCGAGAGAUGUGAUCGUGAGCUCUGACCACUUGUUGGAUUUGGUGUACAGAGUGGUGGCUAAAAAAUAUAGAACACCAGACGUGGAUAGUGAUGACAGUCCUCGGCCUGGUAGUAAUAGCACCCGCUCGGUCGGUGCAUUGAUCAGGUGCGGAGAAAAGUCUGCGUACUUCUUUCAGAAGUUGAUGAUUUACCUGCGCCACCUGCAAUGCGUUCUCCUGACGCGCUUAGUUGCUGCUUUCGGUUCGAGGUCGCAGGAUUGUCAAGAAGAAGAAGAAGAUCGCUGGCGCGAUCGUCUCUUCAUUCCGACAGCCUCGAAGCUGAGAAAGGCUGGCAUUGCGGUCAAAGGCUUAAGUCAAAAGCAUGCGAUGAUUUGGGACUACAAAAUGGAGCAGGGUCUAUUCACGGACACUUUGUGGAUCCCGAAGCUCGACAUCUGGGACAGCACUGCGAACUCGCUGAGGAAUUUGCUCCUGAUGGAGCAGGGGGUCCAGUCGUUGCUAUACCGUGAGUGGCAGCCGCUGAUGGAGUAUUUGGCUAUCUUAAAGCAGCUGGUGGACACGAGGGAAGACGUUGUGAUUUUGUGUGGCAACACAAACGACUAUGUGAUCCUCAACAUGGUGGGCGAUGCUGGCAUUGUGGCAAAAUUGAUCAAUGAUCUUGACCGAGGCUGUUGGUCUGAAAAACAAUCUCGUAGAUUCCUUGAGUUCUGCAAGGAAGUGCGGCAGUGUUGUAAUCGGAGGAGGAAGCGAUGGUUGUGGCAGUUUGUGGAGACAUAUUUGAAUAAGCCCUGGAAAAUAGCUUCACUCCUCGCCGCCAUAUUGCUGCUCGUGCUAACGGCCCUCCAGACAAUAUAUUCCAUGCUCUCCUUCUACGGCAUUUAGACGCUGUCGGACUGACUCCAUUGCUCAAAGCUGCUGCGCACUGAAGUCCGUCAGCUGUCCAUAAUCUGCGAAUUUCUACCAUACCUACUGACCUAGGCCCUUACAAUAUGU